CGCAUUAAUGAGAAUAAAUUUUUAAAAAUAACAUAAAUAAUUUCUAAAAGAUUGUUUUUAAUGAUAAAAUUAACUACGUAUUAGCAAGAAAUGUAGACAGCAUGAAAUACUAUAACAUGACAGACUAUUAAGGUAGCGGCUUAAAGAACACAGUAACUUUAAAAAAUUAGAACUCCAAACCCACAAGUUUCAAAUCCUGACUCCGUGUUUGUCGCUCCCCCUCUCGUGGCACACUUAAUUAUAUUAUUGCAUAUACAGAAAGUCAAGUGAUUGAAUAAAAGAAAACCCCAAGUACCUAUUCAAAAAAGAAAAAGAAAAAGAAAAAAAAAGUCAUCUCAAAGAAAGACAAAGUCAGUCUCUCAUUCUAAGAGUCGUGAAUGUGAGUCUUCUCCUAAUUAAUAUCAGAGCAAACCUCUCAACCCUGCUAGUUGCAGAAAAAAGAGAAAUCGUGCCAACAAUCGAAUGACAGAGAUAUCAAAGAUUUCUUUUUAGUCUAACCAGCCAAGUCAUCUAUGUAUUUAUAAAAAUAGUUCGUUCUUUUUUAUUUUUAGUUUAACCAUUGCAGACAAAUUAAUUCUAGUCUACAAUCUGGACUAGUAAAAUUUCUAUAGCACAACUGCAAGUUCCAUUUUUAACGCCUUCCAGUUGAGAUGUCCUUCUUUUUCCUCUUGCACUUACUUCUCAUAGUUGUGACAUCCUUUUUUGUGUUUGGUUACGGGGAUAUGACUGCCAAGAGUCUAGGUGCAGUAGUGAUGGCCCUAGCAUUCAUUUUCCCUUCAGCCUUCAACAUCAGCCAGGACAUUGUGGAUAUCCAGGCUUCGAGCUAUCUUGUAACAACAAUAUGACCAUACUCACACUCACCAAUUCACUUAGACUACAUGUUCUGGAUAUUGAUUAUGUGUCUCAGCAGAUUCGUGUUUCUUUCCGGAGAAGUUGUGUUGUGAACCUGUUGCACUUCAAUUUUUCAGCAUCUCCUUUCCUUUUGGAUGUUGAGUUUUUUCCUCGUUGUAACUAUUCCAUUUUCGAUUGUUCUGAUGUCCCACCAUUUCCCAGAGUUUACUUUGAUACAUCUGACUCCUUAAUAAUUGCUGUCAGCAAUAUAGAAAAUUUAUUGGAUUAUUAUGCCCCUUUGGUUGGUUGUAAAAAAAUUGAUGAAAUUCCAUCCGCUCCCUGUGCUCCAGAAUAUAGUGGUGACCUCUAUAUUAGUUGGUUAAAUCCAAAGUGUGGCUACUGCGAAGAUCAAGGAAUGGAUUGUGGUUUCAAGAACUAUACCAAACAACUGACAAUUCAGUGCAGACCAACAAAAGGCACAUUAAAGGAACCAUUGAUUGCAGGUGGAGUUUUAGCUAUCGCUCUUUUUGGAAUAGUUAUCAUGGCACUCUAUGAGUUUUAUAGCUCAAACAAAAUUUAAAGAGAGAAUCAAGCCAGAGUUGAAAAGUUUUUGGAAGACUAUAGAGCUCUCAGGCCCACUAGAUAUACUUAUGCAGUUAUUAAGAAGAUAACAAAUCAGUUUCAGGAAACAUUGGGAGAGGGAGCUUACGGGGUUGUUUAUAAGGGAACACUUUCUAAUGAAAUUCAUGUUGCUGUAAAAGUUCUCAAUGAUUCCAAAGAGAACGGGGAAGAAUUUAUUAGUGAAGUUGCAGCAAUGGGCAAAAUCCACCAUGUCAACAUGGUUCGCCUAGUUGUUUUUUAUGCUGAUGGAGUUAGAAGAGCUUCAGUGUUUGGAUACUUGCCAAAUCAGUCACUUGACAAACUCAUUUUUCUAUCAAGUUCCAAAUAUCACAUUACCCUUAAUUGGAAGAAGCUUCAUGAUAUUGCUAUGGGAUAGAGAAAGGACUGGAGUAUCUUCAUCAAGGAUGUGACCAACAGAUCCUUCAUUUCAAUAUCAAACCCCAAAAUAUUAUGUUAGACCGUAACUUGAACCCCAAGAUCUCUGAUUUUGGUCUUGCCAAGUUAUGCUCUAAAGAGAAAAGUGUUGUCACUAUGACUAAAGCUAGAGGAACCAUGGGUUAUAUUGCACUAGAAGUGUUAUCAAGCAAUUUCGGAAAAGCGUCUCAUAAAUCUAAUGUCUAUAGCUUUGGAAUGCUGCUACUUGAAAUGGUUGGAGGGAGAAAGAAUUUCGAUACAAAGGCUGAUACUAGCCAAGUGAACUUUUCUGAGUGGAUUCAUCAGCAGUUGAAUCAAGGAGAAGAGUUGAAAAUCAGGAUUGAGGAAGAUAAUGACAUCAUAAUUGCAAGGAAAUUGGCUAUUAUAGGACUUUGGUGCAUCCAAUAGGAUGCAACAGAUCGACCUUCCAUCAAAGUUGUUACUCAAAUGCUAGAAGGAGAUGGGAACAACCUAACCGUUCCUCAUCCUUUUACGGUAAGAAACACCACCGAUCCAGGAACUGAAGUGAUCGCAUGCCCUUCUAGACAAGAGUUCACUGAAAUAUCAGAACUAGAAUGAAUGGAGGCCUUAAUUACACGUCAACUCCUACAUCUAAAUUUAUAAUGUCUGGAUUAUUACAAGUGGAAGCUUGAAAUUUAGUAAUUUCAUUAGAUAGAUGUUAUGUCGUUAUAUUUAGUUGCUACUUUUGCAACUCUUUUACAUGUCCGAAAGAUGUAUUGUGAUUGUGUCAUUAUUCUAAACUCAACACUCUCUCAAAAGUUAUUACAGAUGCAACACCCUAUGGGGGUGUCUUGUUGGCUGCA